UGUGCCAGACUUAAAUCCAAAGCUAUCAUUUUUGACAAUGGAGAGAAUUUCAGUCGAUGAAUCAGGUUUACAAGCAGUGGAAGACUACUGUGAAUACAGGAGGAUUGUAGGUGACGAUGAUGGAGGGAGACUGUUCACUCCAGAGGAGUACGAGGAGUACAAGAGGAAAGUGCUCCCUCAACGGCUGAAAAACAGGCUGUAUGUGAGCUUUGGGGUUCCAGGAGGUAUCGACUGCAAACAAAUUGGUCCUGAGACUCAGUGCUUCUGCACACAUAGGUACAAGCAACAUAUGACUGACUUUGAGGUGGUUCCCUCUGAGCGACCCCUGGCCCUGCCAUGCCAGGUCAGAGGAUGUCGUUGUUCUGCUUACCAGUAUGUUCCUCAGAUUGGGCCAAAUCCUGUCCGCUGCAGGUGUAAACACUUUCCUCAGGAUCACAGUGAAGCUUCUGACCAUUUCUUCUGCAAGAAAUGUAGUUCCUGUUCUGGGUUCAAGUACAGCUCAUACACCUGUGGGUGUGGCCAGCCUAGUCCUGCCCAUCAGACCCUAGUUGAGACAAAACUAGAGAGGGAGGCUCGUGGUCAGCCAAUAGGCAAGGAUGUCCCUUAUGCUGCCAUGGGGGGGCUAACGGGGUUCAGCUCCUUGUUGGAUGGUUACCUCGCUUUGGAAGCCAGUGGCUCAGAUUGAGAAAGAGAAGAUGGCUGCCAGCAGAGCUGCGCUGCCUCAAGGAUGAAAAAAACGUCUACAGAAGCAUCCGGCUCUAUUGACUGUAAGAGAGAGACCAACAAACAUUGAAAUGCAACUCUCCUCAAAGUCCAUUUGUGAAACCGUCAUUAAACACUGGACAAUAUUAAUCUUAACAAAUAAAUCAUACACAUCUUCUGAUCUGUAAUAUUACGUUUUUUUCUAAAUCUUAAGGACAUUUUGUUUGUUUGAACUAUUUUCUUUUGCAGUGAAGUGUCUGUCUUUGUCGGUGUCGUGACACUGGGGCAUAAAACCACCAUGAGUAACAGUCGUGAUUAAAUCCCAUCUCAGAACUGAAUAAUCAACUGACAACAUAUUGAUCCCAUGUGUGUGGAGCUUCACUGGUUCACAUUCAGACGCGUGACACAGUUAUCCAUGAACAUGUUUUAGACAAUACAGUUUGACAGAGCCUAAAUACUUUCAGAUACAAGGUGAAAUAAUGGUGGAUUUAUCACAUGUGGAUGUAAAGCUUCAUGUGGAGAUCUUAUCUGUGUAAUGUUUAUAAAUGUUGGCUUCCUUGUAAGCUGCAGAAAUACCAUGCUUAAACUCACAUGUGUAUCUGUGAGAUUAACAGUAAGCAUAUGAUAUUAAGGAUUAAAAAUAACAUUUGAAUGUAAAAAAAAGCUGCUGUAGUAUUCCUCAGCUUGCCUGUCAAGUUGCAGUUUACAGUACAUCCAACAUGUAAUCACUAUAAUCUAUUAGACAUUUGUGUGAAAUGUUCAUAUUUUGUAUAUGAAUUCUUACGUUUUGGCCAAAUCAGUUUCUGUGGGGUCAAAGUUACCUUGAUCAUUGUUCACCAAAUUUUAAACAGUUAAUCCUUGAGUCAUUAGACAGAUGUAAGGUCACAGUGAACCACCUGAAUUAGUAGUCGCGUAAGAAUUAAAAAAAUGUACUUUUGUUGAAAGUUUCUAGUUUGGUUAGCCUUCUGUAAAGCAUGUGAUUAUCCUGAUUGUACGUUAAAUAUCAAUCAUUGAUACAUGGUUGACCAAAACGCUUUAAAGCUACAAGUCUUCAUCAUGGUAUUAGCUUCCCUGAUUGCUAACCAAAACAUACAGAUGUUUCCAGUUAACCUGCCUGAUUGGACCUCUUUCCAGGACUGUGGGCUUGACUGCAAUUGAUUGAGAUCUUACAGAAUCUUAUUUUUGCACCUGUAAGUGCAGGGUUAAUUAAACCUUUAUCAUUGUUAUUACUGUGUAGAUUGGUGACCUCAUAUAUUAGCUCCAUUUACCUUCAACCAUAGCAGAGGUCUAAUCAGCCAAAAAUAACAACAAAGAUAAAACAUCUGUGUUUUUGUAAAUCUUCUUUUAAACCUUUUAAUUUUCAGGCUUAAUUAAUUAAAUUA